AGUAAAUGCCUUUGACAUUCGCAGAAUAAUUAAAUAUAACUUCUGAUGGUAUCAUCAUCGAUAAUAUCUUCCGAAGCUGCCAAAAAAAUUGAAAAUUUAGGAUCACAACCACCGAAAACUGUAUUUGGAUUUCCAUGUUUUUACCAUAACCAUGUAGAUCAACUACUCAACAAAGACAUUGUGAUCAAAUGUGAAUUUAAAGCUGAUAACGAUGGUUUAUUAUACCAUGUUAUAUAUUUCAAAACAAUAUCAUCUGCGAAAUUAAUUACACACCUUACAUCUUGUCGUUAUAUUCUCGGUUACGAUGGCAACGUUGUCACACUAUAUGAGCUAAUUAGUGCAUUUUUAAUUUCACCGAUUUCACGAUUAUCAAUUGAUACCCAAUUUGUGUAUUUAUGUGAUUUAUUCAAUGAUAUAUUCCAUUAUAUAUAUGAGCUCACAGAAAGAAAUUUAAUUAAUCACUAUUUGAUCGGAAGUGAAUAUCACGUAAAAUUCUUUUGUGACAACAUCGCUUUUAUUAAUUCAAAAAAUCGGUUGAGUUUUAUUCUACGAUGUACUCUUACAGCCGUAGAUGCAAUUAAGGCGAGAACAAAAUUUAUGAAACAAUAUGCCAGUAUCCUUGAAAUUGCUAAAUAUAUUUUAUUCUCUACAAAGUCUAAAAUUCGUUCAAUGAAAAAUGUGUCCGCAUAUGGAAUAAGAAAAAACGAAAGUAGAAAGAUUUACCAUGAUGGAAUUUGUAAAUUAAAAAAUUGUUCAGUUCGGAUAAACGUUAUCGAUGACUCGCUGUUUCAUAGUGUGUUUUGCAUGCAAGUAUCUGCGAAGUAUCCUGUAGCAUAUAAGUUGUUAAGAUUAGCUGAUAUAUUUAAUAUACCAUUAGAACCAACAUCUUACAUGAUUCAUCACAUAUUUGAAUAAAUUUAAAUAAAAGAACGAAAAACAGGCAGUUAUCAUGAUUUUUAGGAACAAUUUACUUUUU